CUACGACUUUCAUAGCUGUGUAGUUCGCAAAGGCUGUACUCAAAAUCAACGGAUAUACCAAUGGAAUUACGCAAAAGCGCAAUGGAGAGCAGAGACAGAAAGAGUUGUACUCCACAGCUGUUGGUCAUCACAGACGAAGCUCCAUACUUGUUUCAUCGAGACAAUGUAACACAAGAGCUCAAAAUGGAAAAAAGAGAUGCUUCAGGGCAGCAAACAGGAGUAAAGUUACUCCGGGAGAUCUAUCUUGAAACUAAACACUUUUGCGCACUAAUCGGCGAUGAGUCAGUCGAUGAUGACACAUUUGACGAAUGCGCGAGAAGAGUCCGAGAGGUUGACGAUAAGGUCCAGUUGGUUCGUGUUCCAAUCAGAACUGGGUUACUUUCCAACAACUUAAAAAAUGCUCAAUUUUGGCCAGUCUACGUUCAAAUGGACGAAAAAAUCGAGCAUCUUCCGAAUGAAGAUGAAGCCUGGAAGGCUUCUAAAGAGGUGAACAAAAGAUUCUCAGAAGCGGUGCUUGAGGCUGUCGAAGAGGAACAUCAAUCGAUAGUAUGGAUACAGGAUUUUCGAUUCUGGCUUGCUCCAAAGCUUGUAAGACAGAUGUUGGUAAAGAAAGAGUUAUAUUGCCCCAUUGGUACGUUCAUACAUAUCCCUUUUCCACCAAUGAAGAUGCUGCAGAAACUGAAACACUACAAAGAGGUUCUUGAAGGAAUUCUUGGUAGCGACGUCAUCUGUUUUCACAUUAAAGAAUUCUGCACGAAUUUUAUCGAGUGUUGUGAGAUGAUUUUGGGCUGUCAAGUGAACUAUGAAUCGUUGGAAGUGCAUUAUAACGGACGUAAAGUGACAUUACAUGCUAUCCCCGUAGGAAUAAAAUACGACUUGUACGCAAAUCUCUCCUGCAAAGAAUUUCCAGAGGAUUGCCACGACGUCAUUGAAGACCUCUACAACGACAAUGCAGAUCAUAAGAUCAUCAUUGGAGUAGACCGUCUUGAUUAUGCUAAAGGACUCGGGAACAGAGUCAAAGCUUUCCAGAGGCUCCUAGAGAAACACCCUGAACACGACGGGAAAGUACAGUAUUUGCAGGUAGCUGUGCCGGUUCGGGAAGGUCAACCGGGGUUUAAACACCUCAAGGAAGAAUACGAAAAGCUUGUUUCACGAACAAACGCAGCGUUGCAGAAGAAAGGGUUUUCUUCCAAAAUCAAUGUCGUCUUGGAAAAUGUCCCUCAUCACGACCUUCCAGUGUAUUACAAGAGAGCGCACGUUGGGUUAGUAACUCCGUAUCGAGAUGCCUUGAAUCUGGUCUCACUUGAGUAUGUUGCUUCUCAAACAUCUGAUCCAGGAGUUCUUGUCUUGUCGAAUUAUGCUGGUUCUGCAGAAUUUAUGCACGAAGCAUUGAAGGUGGACCCUAAGAAUGUGGAACAGAUGGCUGACACUCUGCAUCGUGCCUUAACCAUGCCAAAACAAGAACGCCAAACGAGAAUGAUAAAGCUAAGACAACGAGUCAAGAAAGAAUUGAAUAUCGAUCAGUGGGUUGAGCUGAACAUGGAGGUUUUACUCAAGAUAAAAAGAAUCAAUGAGUUGAGCUGAACCAAGAGAUCUUACUCAACAUACCAAACAGCAAUGGUUUAUGGAACAUGGCUUAUGUUAAAGUUAGAUAUAAGUUUUUUUCUCUCUUAUUUUUCAUUUAUUUUUAAUUUAAAGUUUUUAAAAUUAAA